AUGGCUAAAAAAGUAUCCAAGCAUUCCAGAGCUGCUAGAAGAAACGAAAUUGAUGAACCAGAGGCUAAAUCUUUAGCAUCUUUACCAAGAGCUGAAAAAACCGAUCUAACGUCAGCCAUAAUAAGAGCAACUACCAAGAAGAAUGAAGAUUUAUUAAACAACAAAAUGCUAAAGAAAGAUGUGAAAAGUGGCCAAGUGCAGAAGAAAAAUGUUGCGAAAUCCAAUUUGGAAUCAAAUCUAAAUAAAAUAAGAAUGGAAAGAGCCAUUAUGCAAAGUGAUAUACUUCAAGAUAAGAUACUGAAGAGUAAGCAAAGAUCAAAACAAGUUCAACUCACAAGAAAGCAAAACUGGGAUGCGAUCAAUCAAGCAGCUAAUGAAGUUAUCAGAUCAAGAUCUGGUACUCCAGCUGAUAAUGGUGAAACCCCAGAACAAGAUGAGCAACCCGCUGAAGACGCCAUGGAGGAAGAGGAUAAGUUCUAUAGUGAUGAUGAGGAGGAAUCCACUAGCGAGUACAAGCCUCAAAGAAAUGCAUUUGACUUGUUGAACGACGAAGUUGAGGCCUAG